GCUGGGCGCGGGCCGCGCCGCUCAGGUGUCUACUCCGCCUUCUUGGUCUGGAUCUGGUUCUCUGUGUCUAGCAAGAAGGGGUCUGCCUACACCUCGCCCGAUUGCCGGCCGGAGAGCGGAGCGGACUUUUACCGGAGGCGGAGUCUGUCAGUCCCGGCGGUGGACAGACGGACCGACGCCGGGGAAAGAGGGCGGCGGCCUCUGCGGAGGCGGGUCCCGAACUCCCGCGGCAGAGCUGCGCGGCUUUGGGGGGGAGCAUGAGUCCACGGGGACAGAAAGGGGGCUGCAGGGGCUGACCCGGCGCGGGGAGCGGCCUGCCCAGCCAUCUUGACUGCGCACCGCGGCCCGAAAGGAAACUUGCUGUGCCGCCGCCCUCUGUGCCCGGCAAAGUCACCGCACCGUCGCCGGCGCCGCGUGGACAAGUGGCCGGGCGCGCGGGAGAGAAAGCGAGCGAGAGAGGGACGAUGAGCCGGGGACCAUCCACUGUGCUGCGAGAGGGCUGAGUUCGACCGGGAGUCAGCAGGGCAGACUCUCGGGGACUGUGGUGCACGCCUGCAGAACCCUCACCGCCGCUGCCCAGGCUUCGGACCCCACUGUGUGGACGCGUCCCGAGAAGGGACUAGGUUAUCUGCAGACCCCCUUUCCGGGAGAGGCAGGAGAGAGACCAAAAGGGCACCCGCUUUCCCCUUAUCCGGCUCCCUCGCCGAACCCCCCCGCGCCCCUCCGCGCGCCGCCUGGAGGGCGAGGGCGCGGGGCCGAGGCGCGCAGCAUGGAGUGGGGUUACCUGUUGGAAGUGACCUCGUUGCUGGCCGCCUUGGCGCUAUUGCAGCGCUCGAGCGGCGCGGCGGCUGCCUCGGCCAAGGAGCUGGCGUGCCAAGAGAUUACCGUGCCGCUUUGCAAGGGCAUCGGCUACAACUACACGUACAUGCCCAACCAGUUCAACCACGACACGCAGGACGAGGCGGGCCUGGAGGUGCACCAAUUCUGGCCGCUGGUAGAGAUCCAGUGCUCGCCGGACCUCAAGUUCUUCCUGUGCAGCAUGUACACGCCCAUCUGCCUGGAGGACUACAAGAAGCCCCUGCCUCCUUGCCGCUCGGUGUGCGAGCGCGCCAAGGCCGGCUGCGCACCCCUCAUGCGCCAGUACGGCUUCGCCUGGCCGGACCGCAUGCGCUGCGACCGGCUGCCGGAGCAGGGCAACCCCGACACGCUGUGCAUGGACUACAACCGCACGGACCUCACCACAGCCGCACCCAGUCCGCCGCGCCGCCUGCCGCCGCCGCCUCCGGGUGAGCAGCCGCCCUCUGGCAGCGGCCACGGCCGCCCGCCGGGGGCCAGGCCCCCGUCCCGCGGCAGGGGCGGUGGCGGCGGGGACGCAGCGGCGCCCCCCACGCGCGGCGGCGGCGGCGGGAAGGCGCGGCCCCCUGGCGGCGGCUCAGCGCCCUGCGAGCCGGGCUGCCAGUGCCGCGCGCCCAUGGUGAGCGUGUCCAGCGAGCGGCACCCGCUCUACAACCGCGUCAAGACCGGACAGAUCGCCAACUGCGCGCUGCCCUGCCACAACCCCUUUUUCAGCCAGGACGAACGCGCCUUCACCGUCUUCUGGAUCGGCCUGUGGUCUGUGCUGUGCUUCGUAUCUACCUUCGCCACCGUCUCCACCUUCCUCAUCGACAUGGAGCGCUUCAAGUAUCCCGAGCGGCCCAUUAUCUUUCUUUCGGCCUGCUACCUCUUCGUGUCAGUCGGCUACCUGGUACGCCUGGUGGCGGGUCACGAGAAGGUGGCGUGCAGCGGCGGCGCGCCGGGCGCCGGCAGCACGGCAGGCGCGAGUGGCGCGGCGGCGGCGGCGGCGGGCGCGGGCGCGGCUGGCGCGGGAGCAGGCGGCCCGGGCGGGCGCGGCGAGUAUGAGGAGCUGGGCGCUGUGGAGCAGCACGUGCGGUACGAGACCACUGGCCCCGCGCUGUGCACCGUGGUCUUCCUGCUCGUCUACUUCUUCGGCAUGGCCAGCUCCAUCUGGUGGGUGAUCCUGUCGCUCACGUGGUUCCUGGCGGCGGGCAUGAAAUGGGGCAACGAGGCCAUCGCCGGCUACUCGCAGUACUUCCACCUGGCCGCGUGGCUCGUGCCCAGCGUCAAGUCUAUCGCCGUGCUGGCGCUCAGCUCCGUGGACGGCGACCCGGUGGCUGGCAUCUGCUACGUGGGCAACCAGAGCCUCGACAACCUGCGCGGCUUCGUGCUGGCGCCGCUCGUCAUCUACCUCUUCAUUGGCACCAUGUUCUUGCUAGCCGGCUUCGUGUCGCUCUUCCGCAUCCGCUCAGUUAUCAAGCAGCAGGGCGGCCCCACCAAGACGCACAAACUGGAGAAGCUCAUGAUCCGCCUGGGUCUCUUCACCGUUCUCUACACCGUGCCCGCCGCCGUCGUGGUCGCCUGCCUCUUCUAUGAGCAGCACAACCGCCCGCGCUGGGAGGCCACGCACAACUGCCCGUGCCUACGGGACCUGCAGCCAGACCAGGCGCGCCGGCCCGACUACGCCGUCUUCAUGCUCAAGUACUUCAUGUGCCUCGUGGUGGGCAUCACCUCGGGCGUGUGGGUCUGGUCCGGCAAGACGCUCGAGUCGUGGCGUGCUCUGUGCACCCGCUGCUGCUGGGCCAGCAAGGGCGCCACGGGGGGCGCGGGCGCCGCGGCAGCUGGGGGCGCCGGGGGACCCGGGGGGGGCGGGGGCGUGGGGUCCGGUGGGGGCGGGGGCCCGGGCGGUGGGGCGGGAUCCCUCUACAGCGACGUCAGCACCGGCCUGACGUGGCGAUCUGGCACGGCCAGCUCCGUGUCUUAUCCAAAGCAGAUGCCAUUGUCCCAGGUCUGAGGGGAGGGGAGGGGGCACCCGGAAGGAAUGGGGAGGGGGGCGAGGAAACAAGUGCGGCGAAGGGACACUCGACGGGCUGAGGUUCCCACCCCUUCACCGUGUUGAUUGCUAUUAGCAUGAUAAUGAACUCUUAAUGGUAUCCAUUAGCUGGGACUUAAAUGACUCGCUUAGAACAAAGUACCUGGCAUUGAAGGCUCCCAGACCCAGCCCCCUUUCCUCCAUUGAUAUGCGGGGAGCUCCUCCCGCCAGGCGUUAAUCUCUGUUGGCAGAGGAGGGUGGACUCUGCUGCGUUUCAGAACGCCAGGUUUGGAGCCCUCGCUGGUUGCCGUUUGCUGAGCUUGAAGCCAGAUCUACAGAUUUCACCUGAGGGACCUAUUUUUCUCCCUCGACUCUCCUACGUAAACUCUUAAUCCUAACAUACCCUAGAGGAGGGAUGACCGCGACCUAAUGGAAUUGCACGGUUUGGGUAUUCUUAAUGACCAGGCAAAUGCCUUAAAUAAACAAACAAAUAAUGUCUUAAUUAUACACCCCAAGUAAAUACGGGUUUCUUACAUUAGAGGAUGUAUUUAUAUAAUUAUUUGUUAAAUUGUAAAAAUGUGUAAAAUAUGUACAUAUCCAAAGAUAUACAGUCUGUACAUUUUUUGUAAAAAGUUUAGAGGCCACCCCUGUAAGAACAAAUAUAAGUAUUCUAUUUUGUCAAUAAAAUGACUUUUGAUAAAUGAUUUAAGCAUCGCCCUUUCCCCCUGCCUCUUCUACGCUGUUACCUUUAAAGUGCUUGCUAAGGACGUGUUGAAAAUGGACAUUUUCUGGUUUCUCAUUCUGUACACUGACCUUAGGCUGGAGAAAAUGACCUGUUAAACUCUAGUUCUUAAGUUGUUAGCAAAGUAAAUAUCCUUGUUGAACUGAAAUCAAAAUUGAGUUUUUGCACCUUCCCAAAAGAUGGUGUUUUUCAUGGUAGCCCUUUUCUCAUCCAUGGAUAACAACACUCACCUUAGUGUGUGUAAAUGGAACUUUUGCAAGGCAACAAUUGCACUCAGGCCUUGUUAUUUAUCUUGUACAAUAUCACUAAAGGCUUCAAAACCCCACAUUUAUUUCUCGGUGUCCCUGAUUUUGAAAGCACCUGGGUU